UCGACGCUUGAUGCGUUCAGUUUCAGUAGGUGUAUCAUCGCCGGGCUUGGCAGCUAAGUCGCGUUUGAUCGUCGUGUCAGCAGCAGCGAAUGUCGGCCGAGAGAGCGAGCGAGUAAAGUGUGCGCGUUGUAAGUUCAGCCUCUCACCUCGAGGAGCGGUCAAUCUCGUCGUCGUGAGCGGGCGAGCCGAGCGAUUACAUCUCCGCCAACCUGCAGGCUCUGUCGACAAAAUAAUAACAGCCUCGUCCUCGUCGCCUCGGUACGGUCUAUUGCCGACGAGAAAAUAAAAUGGAGAACCGACCGGCGCCUCUACGUUCGAGGCGGGUUUGCAGAUUUUGCCUGACCGAGGCAGAGCCGCUCACCUACAUCUACGACCGCGAGCAGAGCCGGCCCUUCCAGGUGCCGCUUAGCCUGCAAAUCAUGUCCUGCGUCGCCAUCGAGGUUUAUUCUGCUGAUGGGAUGCCUCAAAUGAUCUGUCAAAAUUGUCGCUGGAAUUUAGAUAGAUGUUACAAAUUCAAGCAACAAUGCAAAAAAGCUGAUGAAGCUCUACGUGCCUAUCCAGUUUCAGGAGUGCUUCCAAGACCAUUCCCACCUAUAACUAUUGAGCAACCAGAGCCAACAACAAAACGUAAUUUGGAUACCAGACCUGUUAAUGAACCAAUCAAAAAACCACGAUUAGACAAUGGUGAAAAUGAGCGAAGGAAUGCAGCUCAUGCUGGCCAGCGAGAACAACGAGAACAACGAGAACAGCAAGUCCGCUCAGAGAAGCAACAGCGUGACAAGGAACGCGAGUUAUACGACGAGGACCAAGAUGCCGGCAGUGAAGGUGAUCAUGAGUCAAAUGACAAUAAGAACGAUUCGAGUCUUGAACCCGGUGAGAUCCGUGUGCACGCUUGUACUCAAUGCGAACGUACUUUCCCAUUGCUGCAAUCUCUGCAAUUGCACAUCCAGCGAGCUCAUCGAGAUCGUGACUACAAAUGUACGGAGUGUGACCGUAUGUUCUUUUCAAAAUAUGACUUGCAAAAGCACAUGACUACACAUUCGGAGGAGAAGCCUUAUUCCUGCCAGAUCUGUCAAAAACAGUUCUCGCGUGCCAACUUGCUGCAGCGUCACGAGAAGACUCAUCGAGAAGAGUUGAGAUACGGAUGUCCUCAGUGCGAUCGUGAAUUCUUCAGCCCAGAGGAGCUGGAAAAACACGAGGAGGCAGUGCACAAAACAGUCAAGCCCUUCCAAUGUAACAUCUGCGGUAAACGCUUUACGUACAAGCAAGGACUCGAACGCCACGAGAUGUUGCACAACGAGGACAAGUCGUUUGUCUGCGAGUACUGCAAAGAAGCCUUCCGCACGAGUACCAAGCUCGCUCGUCAUCUUAGCACUCAUGCUGGUCAUCGGCCGUUCCUCUGUAAAUUAUGUCCCCGUAGCUUCCUCUUGUCUCAUCAUUUAACGCGUCACAUGCGCAGCCACUCUGUUGAGAAACGCCAUCAGUGCGAGGACUGCGGUAAGGCAUUUAAACGUAAAGAGAGCCUCGAUGUUCAUCAACUGACUCACGUGAAGCGUCCGGGCAUGGGUUUGACGUGUGAUGUGUGCAAUGAGUCAUGUCGUAAUAGAGCUGAUUAUGUUACGCACAUCAAACAGCAUAUCGAAGCCGGUGAGAAGAUGGGUCCAGAUGGUAUACCUCCAGAGAACAAAGACAAACUAGGAGAUAUCACAGAGAGUGAGGAGGAAGAAGAUGAGGAGGAAGAAGAUCAGUACUCGGAUGACGAUUACGAACCACCGCAAUCGUACUUUAUGUCCGCCAAGAAGCGCCAGAGUAUCCCUAGAAGAGAUAGCGAGGAGGAGGAUCUUGAAAGAGAAGACAAAAAAGAGCAGGUGGUUUACGUGAGAAAUAAGGAUGGUAAUGUUGUUAGAAAAACAAUAAAGACUUUGAUGCCCGUCACUCGUCAACAAGAGGCUAAGGCGACUACUGCUCAGAUUUCCAAUGCCAAGCAGCUUAAAGAGGAAACGACACAGAAAAUUGGUAGAGUUGAUGAGACUGAGGCACAAGUACAAAAGAUCGUCGCCUCCGUGUUCAAAGAGCACAAGAUUCCACUUAAAGAACAAGGUAAGGAAUCUCCACAUACUGCUACAAGGCAAAGUCCUCAAGUGGCACCUAGUAUCAUCAAAGAAGAGAAGAUAGAACCAUCCGUAAACAUUCCUCCUCAAAAGAACGUAAAGGUUAUCAAACGGGUUAUUGUACGUAAACCAGCGGGAAGCGUUGAUGCACAGUCCGUCUCUACUCCUCUAAAGGAAAUCGUUCGUGAAGUUACAACUUCUCAACAACAGUCUCAACCUACUCCGUCUACAUCUGGCGGUCCUAAAGUGACCAAGAGAGUAAUAGUGCGCAGGAUCAUUCGCCAGGGUGACACAACGCGUGAAGUCAUCAUGAAUCCCGACGGUACUCUCAUUGAUCCAGCAGAGUUGGCCAAACUUCCUACCGGAAACGUCGUGAAGCGCGUAGUCGUGAAGAAACCUCUCGAUAAAGGGCAGAAUAUUGAGGCAAUGCUGCAAGCAGCCGAUGCAAAGAGUCUUCUCCAGAUGGCAGAGAGUGGCGAAGAGAUUAUAAAAGCAAGCUCAAUGUCUAAGCCUGCAACUCAAGUGCGACGAGUUGAGAUCGUUUCACCGGCACCCGAUCGCGAGACGCAGCAGAAACUUGAAUUAUUGGAGAAGCGGGUUGAGCAGCAACGUUUAAAAAUCGAGGAAUUGCAAGCUCGCAAACAACAGGAGUACGAGCCGUGCGAUGAAAUGCUUCCAGAGCGUCAUGACGAAUCCGAAGAUGAGCAGCAGUUGCCACUCAAACGUGUCUUCGUUAAACGUAAGCAAAGCAUUUACGAUGAGGUCAGAGACUACAACGACGAAUCAUGUGGUAAAGAAAAAGAUGAAGAGCAGAAGCAAUCUUCAACUAUCGUUGUCACUGCUUCGAGUCUCGAAGCAAUGGAUCAAAUUGAGAGAGCCGAAGAUCAUACCAACUCAAUAGAAAACGCUAAAAUCAUUAUCAUUAAACCUGAAGAAAACCAGCCCGAUGUUGAUGAGAUGAGCAGAGAACUGUGUAACAUCCUUGAGUCAACUGAAACCGUAGUAAAAAUGCAUGAGAAUGUUCUUAAUAAUCUCACGCAAAUUACAUCUACUAAUGAGCAAGCUGAACGUCACACUGUGGAGGAAACUGUUGCCGAGGAGACUAAUAAUGGAAAUAUGGAAGUACAAGUUACUGAUGCUACUGAGCAACAUAUGGAGACAGAAGAAGUUGGCGAGGAACAAGUUCAUGAACAAGACGUAGAAGAAAUGAAUGAACAAGAAAACGCUACUGUGAAGAUUGAAGCUGAGCCCGAUCAAGAUAGCACGAAACUGAACUUCGAGCACGAGCAUAAUCAAGAAGUCGAUGAGGACGAAAUAGACGUGGAGAGGACGGAAUCAGGACUUUCUGCUUUGAGUACACAAGUGCUUACUGAGACAAACGACAUGUUCGAGGCGUCCGAUUCUACGAUGGAAGUUGAAAAAUCAUCUCAUGAGCAGCAAAACCUCGAUGAAUCUGUAAUCGAGUUGUCUACUACGAAUGAGACUAUUAAUAUUAACGAGACAGCAGAUCAAUCCAGUAGAGAUAGCCUCGAGGACAAACUAUCGCAGAUGGAAGGUUGAUUAUUUCGAGGUAUAUUUAAUAGUACAUUUCACUACUAAUGCAAGAAAGUGAUUUAACCCUCGCGCGGACAUUUGCGCCCAAGCGAAGCCAGGGUGAAGGAACCACACGAGAGUCAAAUUACUUUGUCGCUCAUGUAUCUAACUUUAUUUUUCAAUACGACUUGCGCGAGACGAGAUUGGAAAAACACUAACUUUUCCAAACAUGUGUAAAUCGAGUUCUUGAGCACGGAAUGUCUAAAACAAUUUUCAUGUAAUAUAACCACAAUGAAUCAUCUGGUGCGCAGAUUCGCUUCCUCACAAAUGAUACUUUGUCCUCAUAUUUUUAUGCUUGUCACUUUACGAUUUUGAACUACAACUAUUGUUUCCCGUACAAUCUUUUUUUAUCUUCAGUCUAUAAACAGAUUCCAGUAAUUCAAUGUCGUAAAGUACUCGUUAACACGAAUAACAAUAAAUGAUGAAGUUAUCAUUUGGCGCUCUUUACUUUACAGUAUACGAUUGUACUAGCAAGAAUUUAAAAAUGCAUGACUAACGAACGUAAUGUCAUUUUUAUUCCUCUGUGAAUUCUUGCCACUGCCAGUCUCUUGUGAAGUCUGCUUGCCAAAGGCUUUCAUGUAAUGAAAUGAAUUUAAUUACAAUUGUAUAUUUUGAUCAGUAGCUCGCAUUCCAGAAAUAUUUUUACUGGUUUGUGUAAAAAAUUCUCUUUUAUUUAAAAAUAGAUAAGAUCUUUUUCAACUUAACAUGUAAGCAACGUAUGGAUUUAUUCGUAUAUAUGUUUGAUACUGACUAAUCACAAAUGAUGGGAUCGAUUAUAGAAUUGUAAUGAAAUAUUUGAUUCGGCAACAUUUUAUAUACAUUUAUCGUUUGUAUACUGACGUUAUUACAAAAAUUUUUUUGUUAAUAAGCACUUAUAAUUUUGAUUUGUAAAAAGCUACGUAAAAGCUAUGUAUUUCUUCAAUUUUGAAUGACAUUGUGUGAGUGAAUUUAACUGAUUCGUGUAAAACAAAUGCAAAAUAUUGGGAACAAAUAUGAAAAAUAAGAUCUUGAAAGUAAUUGAGGUGUACAAUUGCUAAAUCGUAUUUCUCCUUAUAAUCGGCGCUCGUACGCAUCUUUGAAAAUACGAUAUUCUUUGAUGUGAUUGAGAUAAAUUUAUCUCAAUAACUACUACUUUGAAUAUGUCAGAUUUUAUUAGAUUAAUUUAAACUAAAAUGUAGAUGGGCCGCGCGAAUAAUGUAUAUGCAUUUUUUAAUGUUAUAGCAGAACAAGGAUGAUUGUAUGUAGAAUGAACAGUAAUCGAAAGGCGUCACUUUUAAUUUUUAUUAGAUAUUGUAUAAAUGAAUAGAAUUUUUUUUUCAAUAGAAGAAUAGAAUGGUAAUUAAUGGAAAACUAAAAAGAAAUUAUAAAAUUGAACGAUAAUUAUUGUACAUUAUGACCCUUUUCG